CCCUGCUCUAUCAUUUGUCACUAUUGCCAGUAUUUCCGCUCUUCGUCACCAACAUGUCUUAGUCCUCACGCCGAACGAGCAGUGCUAACAUUUCCUAUCCCGUAGGACACCAGCAUCAUGCUCCCAACCGCCCAUGCAUCUCUGCAAUCCGCACGACUGCCACGACAACCACGCUCGACAGCGAUCAGCACCGACGCCUAUCCAACGCCCCCAACGCUGGAAGGUCACUCGCCCGCCCCGUCGCAGACAAGUUCAGUGACAAAUGGCGAGAGCAUCGAUCUAACCCACAUACCAAGUUUCCAUCUUCACCCCGUUUCACUGCCCACACAACCGCAGAUAGCCCAUGCAGAUGAGGGUUUUAUCGAUCUAGAUCCGCAACUUGAAGCGACCAGGACGUGGCCCGUAGGUCGAGCGGAUUUGCAGGUCCCCCCACGCACGACUCGCGAACGAUCUACGUCCCAGCCAGACCAGACUCACCUGUUGGAGCCCAAGGUUUCGUACACGAGAGCAAAGUCUCUGAGUUUGAGCUCCAAGAUGCACUCACCACAUUUGCGCCCUUCGGAGAUACGAUCUCUCAGUAUGAGUCCUCAGAUUCUGUGAUUACAGCACGAAUGGUCCGGUGACGAAACUUUUACGGUUAUCAGUUGGAAGGAGAUGCCUUAUACAUAGUUCAACGGGCUGGCUAGCACGGAAUACUCGGGAGGGAUG